UUAAAAGCGGCUGCGCAGAGCUGCGGUCCGCAGUCAGCAUGCCUCCAUUCGACAGAACCCCGCAGCAGAACAAACCGUUCAAACAGAGGAAGAGCUUCGCUACAAGGAGACAUGAGGUGGCGGGAAUCAGGUCCAAAUUCCCCAAUAAAAUUCCGGUGAUCAUUGAACGCUACGAGAAGGAAAAGUACCUCCCUCCACUGGACAAAACAAAGUUCCUGGUGCCGCACGAACUCACCAUGACCCAGUUCGUCACCAUCAUCAGGAACCGGAUGGCGUUGUUGCCCAGUCAGGCCUUCUACCUACUCAUAAACAACAGCGGGUUGGCCAGCAUGUCCCUCACCAUGGCUCAGGUGUACAAGGACCACCAGGAUGAGGACGGCUUCCUCUACAUGACGUACGCCUCUCAGGAGAUGUUUGGACACUGACUGGACUUCACCUUUAGGGUUUUAUUCUCAGGCUGCUGGGCUGAAUCUUUUGUAAAUAGAAAAUAUUUUUAUAGAUUGUAACACUUGUUCUACGUGUUGAAUGUAAAAUGGAGUUUUAGUGUUGAUCCAAUAAAUGUUUAAUUUGAAUGUAAAUGGGUGCUGCUGGCUCUGGUGGGAAGUUUGUUCUGCUUUAAGGCUGCAGCAGGUGAAUAAAGUGGUGGUGCAUGCAGGAUUAAUGCAAAACAAUGGCUUAAACAUGUCCUUUGUUUAUAAACAAGAUGCAAUUUUUAUUUUUGCAAUCUACAGAUUGACUGUAUAUUAAAUAUUUAAAUGGAAAAUGUCAACCAUUUCCUUUAAAGAUUAGAGUCCACAGAUGUCCUUCAGAAGUUUGUCUAUACUGACAUGGUGUCAACACAAAGCUAAGGCAGAUUUCUAGCUUGCACACCCUGGAUUUUUGGUUCACAUGUAGAUGCGCUGGUGACUGGCAGGUGUUCUAGUUCAGGUUAAUUUUUAACGGGAUCUGAGCUUUGACAUGGCCUAUCCUGCUGAUGGAUCCACUGCAGGUGUGCAAAUGUACCACAAAAAGGUUUCAUCCAUGACUAUUCCUUGGUGAAGCUGAAGUGCUGUGAUGGAUCAAUCCAGGUUUAUAGAUCUUGACCUGACUAUAUGAAGCUGGGAUUUUCCAGAUAUCCUGCCUUAAGUCUUGUUUCACAAAGCACAGCAGCACUGAUUUAUGAUUUAUUCUGUGCAGCUAGCCUGUUCCAGACCAGGCUAAAAGCUGGUGUAAAUCCUGGUGCCUUACUUGCUCAGUUGGUGUCAUGCUGUACGUAUGUUGCUUUACUGCUU